AUGGUUCUUUAUAAAAUGAAAGACUGUUUGAGAAGUUUUUAUUACGAAGUAUACUCGGGCGCAACGAACUGUACGAAACUGUACAAUUAUACAUCGAGCGACAUGAAUACCAGAAAAAACGCUUUCACAUCAGGAAAAGAGUGCUUCUUGAGUUUUACGAAUCUUUGGUGUUCGCCAGAAUCUAACAAAUAUCUGAAACAGUCCUACGACAAGCUGGUCAACUACUUGACAAUUGACAAUGAUGGACCGGACCAGUGUAAUUCAUUGUAUGAUGAAUUGAACAGUUAUCAAUGUAUCGGAUAUCAAUAUGCGGUUUCGUUUUUAGAGCGCGAACUUGAAAAGGCGAAACUUAUGAAAAAGCCAUAUGAGAAAAAUGAGACGGAACCGAUGUUAGAAGAAACCAGAAAAUGCUACCGAAAGUAUUGCAAGUACACCUAUGAACAGUAUGAAUACCUGAACAAACUCUCCGAAGACAUUGUGAACUACAAUUCCGACUAUCCAUUGGCACCGAAGACACUAUCAGAGUUUGAUCGAUGUAUUGAAUAUAUCCUUCAAAAUAUAGACGCAGACAAGUAUAAAUGUAUUCGUAAAACUCCGCAAAAAAGUGGAACUGUCGAUGAAAAUGCUCCUACCGUAAAACUGACCGGAUUCUUGAGAGAUAAGGAAUGUAUGAAACUGGUGAUGACACAAGAAUGUUGGAUGAGUCUUACAAUAUUUGAGGAAGGCUGGGAAGCGACUCGACACCAAAUGAAGACACUAUGGAAAGAAUUGAUUGAUGAGUUCAUAUUUUUCAUGUUCAACUUCCAAAUGUUACUACUUCUUUCUUUAUUACUCUUCUACAAUUACCAACCACUCGAAGCUAAGCAAGAAUACCGACGUCUUCUAACCGCCAGAUUUCCAACUCGAUCCUUAGAUUGUCCAGCUCUAGAAUCCAUAAUUUCCAUUGCUACAUGCUCCGAAUAUGUGUUUGAAUUGUCCAAAUACACUGAUCAAUCCUUUUUGACAACUGUAUCCCUGGAAUAUGCGAGAAAUGUGACAAGGAUGUGCAAUGAGAUGAAUAAGGACCCAGAAGCUAAAAAGACUGCAUGGACAUCUGGAAAAGCUUGCGCACAAACUUUUUUGAACUCAAAUUGCUCUGAAAAGCCCCGAGCUUACUUUAAAAACCAUUACGACAAGCUGGUGGAAUUGCUAACUGUGGAUAGCGAUACAGAAUUCUACUGUGGCUCUUUUCACGAUGAGUUGAUUGCAAUGCUAUGUGAAAGAAAGACUUAUGAAUUUAAACUGGCUCAUGAGGAAUGGGUAAUUGCACAGAGGGAAGGAUACGCGUAUACCAGAAACGAUAGUGAAAUUACCCCAAUGUAUCGGGAUGUCUUUAACUGUAUGAAUGAAUUCUGCUACUUCUCUGAUCAACAAAUUCGAAAACUAACCAGAGAAUACGAGGAAAUGAUGAAAACUAUAAAUUGGCGAGAUGAAUCUUCAGCAGCAGUUCCUAGAAAUCAAACACAAUUCGAAAAAUGCCUAGUCAUGAUUGUUCAAAACGUCAACAUUUCGAAAUACUCUUGUGUUGAAGAGAUUCCAAAAAGUGAGGAAUGGACAAAAGGAGCCGGUAUCAUAAAUGCUCCAAAAACCAAUUUGGCCAAUUUUUUGAAUGACAAGGAAUGUAUGAAAUCGGUGAUGAAGAAGGAGUGUGGAUGGCUGACUUAUGAGACAUUUGAUGCGGAUUUUGAGAAGCUUCAAAAGGAGAUGAAUUCAGCGGGAGAAAAUUUAUCUCAGAAAGAACUUUCAGUUUGGGAUAUAGAUGCAAUGUUCGGUUCAGCUCCUUAA